AUGGGCUUUUGCAUGCUGGACAAACGUCAACAUGUGUUUUGCCAAAUUUGUGCUUUGUGGUCUCAAAGGGCUAGAUCCAGACUUCACUGUCCACAGAUAGAAAGGCUGCUUGCAUACACAGGCAGUUUUUUAUCAAAGUGUCCCACUGGUAACACAGAUUUUGCAGAUUUCUCCCCUCCACCUGCAGCCCCCAGUGCCAGCUUCCACACUAUUCUGAAGGAUCCCCUAACCCUUGGCAAUACUGUGGAAUGUAUUGCAGGGGGAUGGGAGGAAUUGGCAAAAGUCACCCCCUCCAUACACCCCUUGCCCCAAAUGCUGUCAGGAGAAUCCCCUGAGCAUAACUCUGUUCAGAGGUUGCUUCUGCCAUUGCUCUGA